AUGGCGAUCGUAGUUGGAGAUAUCUCGCAACUUCCAGUAGAUGAGUAUUGGGGACAUAGAAUACAUGCUUGGGUAGCAAUAUUACCAGAAUUAGGUGGACUGAGGGAUCAAGAAAUUCCUUGUCCAUUAUUUAUUGAGCCUACCACUGGUACAUCUUACGAAGUUACAGACGACGAUACAGCUCAAUUGUACCUCGGUGUAGAAAGUAUAUGGAACGAUCAAAAUUAUUGGGUAAAUAUGCAGGUAUCUGUACAAUCGUGCGUAAACAUAGAAUGGGAUUUAAUGAAAGUAAAAUUGUGGGAACAUUUGCUUCCUGGAGAACCAUGGACAACACAUGCAGGAGAGAUUGACGAGGAAUCUGCUAUACGUCAAGAAAAACAUUUGGAUAUGCCAUCAUCAUACGUUAAUCAAAUAAAUAUUAGCGAAGAAGAAUUUGAGAAACGAUUCCCAAACGGUAUAAAAAUAGUAUUAUAUAAAAAAACAAAAGUUGAAUUUUAUGCACCAUAUAUUCAAACAGAUGGAUUGAUACAAAGAAUUACUACAUAUGAUAAUGACAUGAAUCCUAUCGAUAUAUAUGAAAAUUAUAAAAAUAGAUCUGAUAAUCUUAUAGAAUCACGAAGAAAUAUGAUUGACGGUACCGUCAUAGAUUAUUAUACAAGAGGUCGAGUAGACCAGUGUAAAGAACAUCGAUAUUUUUUAUGGAAUAAUGUCAAUGUAGAUAGUGAGCGAAUUUUAGAUUUUUAUUAUGUUGCUCGUUUUGAUGGAUUAUCUAAAUUUGAAAUGCAUCCAACUUAUUUAACGCAACAUUUUGUCGAUCGUGAUGAUUUUCUAUAUUAUCGGCAUGUAGAAUUUUUACAAGACAAAAAAGGUGAAACUCAAGAUAUUCAUUAUCGACAUAUUUCGAAGAUUGUCGAAAAAUUUAAUAGAGAUGAACGAAUAAAAGCAAGUAAAAAUAUAGCGAUCCGUGAAUUUGCUAUUGAUGAUAACGAAAUACAUCUUACUUAUCAUUAUUAUCCAGGCAAUUUUACUAGAGCUUUGCGAACAUAUAUAAAACCACCAUUAGCAGAAAGAGGAGAACGAUUAGAUCUUAAUCCAACAAUGACAUAUGGAUAUAAUCCUCUAAAUGAACCUGAUAAGGCUUUAGAUUUACUAUACGAACUAGACACACAAUUAAAGGAGGAGGAUAUAUCUAUAUCUCAAGUUAGAGCGGCGGAAAAAGAAAUGUUUUCUUUUCUCGAGAUAAGAAAAAGUGAAUAUUUGACGCCAAAACUGUUGAUAUCUAUAUAUGAUAAACUUAGAGAAUCGGAAUCUCUAAUAGAAGCAUUGAAGAAACAAAGUCUAAAAGAUAUCACGGAAGAAAUAAAUUAUUUAAAACCAUAUUUAGCUCGUUUAGGAAAUCCAUCGGAGUUAUCAGAAGCUGAGGCAUACUUAAUACAAUAUGCAUGUAUUCGUGAUUACAAACAAUUACUUGUACGUAGGGCGAAUAAAAUCUUACAUGAAUUUGAGAAAUAUUCGCAGGAAUUGGUGAAAAUGCAAGCAUUGAUAUUACAGGAAGAAGAUUUAACUCGCGAAGAAGAAGAAAAAAUAUUAGAAAAAAUAAAUGAAAUAAGUUUUUAUUUACAAACUUUAGAAAACAGAUUAAAUCGUCAUAGAGAUUUGGUUCCUAUAAAAUAUAAAAUGUUAAUGAAUAAUUUACAACAAAAUCCACAUCUUGCGAUAAUUAAAGAAAGUUUAAUGUAUUUUUGAAAAAAGCAGGUGUACAGUAAAUAAUUUAUUUUAUUGAAAAGACCAAGAACCCAUUUGUCCAAUACAUCGACCUAAAAUAAUUUUAUAUUGUAAAAAUCUUAAAUUUUUAAGAAAUUUUUGUACGUUAUCUACCUUCAUCAUCAAAAGUGGCUAAUGUAAAUUUACUAAGUUUAUUAGUAAAACUUCCAGUAUUGGAACCAAUCAUAUGGUCUGUUAAACGAUCAUUAUUCGCAAUAUCACUAUUAUUUCUAUGACGACGAUGUUCUUCGGCAAAGCCAGAAAUUAAUAUAUCCAUCAUUAUUGCCUUAUAAUAAAAUAAAUUUUAGUAAUUUAAAUUAUUAAAGUUAACUUUUUUAGAAAUAAGUCAUACUUGUCUUGAGAAUACUUGUAGAAUUUUAUAAACUUGUGUUCCAUUUUCUCGCACAGGAAACUGUAAAAAUAAACAUGGCAGACAAUCUGGAUUAUUUUCAUCUGAAGGUUUCGCCAUUUCCCAACUUAACUCUGAAUAUCUUAGACCCAAUAAUAAACUCUAUAAAAAAAUUAUUUGUAAUAUAUUAUAUAAAUGAUAAUUA